AUGCUGCUUCCGUUGGUCGAGCAAGACGAGCUUCCUCAUCUCUGGCAGAAGCCUGCCUUUCCAGUCCUUCUUGAAUACCUCAAGAAUCUCCGCGUGGAGCCAAAAAUCUGGAGCCUCAAAGAAUCCAGAGCAGACAUUCUCAAGGAGCAAGCUGCCAUAGCCCAAGCCCAUGGCCGUCGCGAAGUCAUUUCAUUCCUUUCUUCCGUUAUUAAGAGCAAACUACAGUGGCUCAACAGCGAUGCCGAGCGAGAAGUAAUUUGGGAAGAGGCAAGCAAGCGCUUGUCAGAACGAUGUGGGAGGACAGCAAUGGGAGAAAUCACUCGACAAUGGCCCUUUGAGUCCCAGGCUUAUGAACCGUUCAGCCUUGUAAUUCGCGAACCUCCUCUGGUGGGUGAUUUUUUGGGCUUUAAGACAUGGGGCUCCUCGUAUGCCCUGGCACAACUUCUCCAUGACUUCGCGGUAGGCCCCUUGGAACACUUGUUCCGCCCAGGAGUCAUGUCGACUCCAGAGGAGGUGCUUGAACUUGGGUCUGGGACCGGGUUGCUAGGGCUUGCUGCCGCCUGUAUUUGGCGCGCGAGAGUCACUCUUACCGACCUUCCCAACAUUAUCCCCAAUCUCGCACACAAUGUCUCUCUCAAUAAGGAACUUGUAGAAUCCCGAGGCGGUGUGGUUGAAGCAGCUCCACUUACUUGGGGAGGGACUGCAGAGGAAAUCGAUCCACGUUUCUAUACUCAUAACCGUUACCAGCUUGUCCUCGCUGCUGACCCUCUCUACGACGACAAUCAUCCUCAACUGUUGAGUCAAGCCAUCAACGAGCAGUUGGCGCUUGGUACUAAAGCGCGUGCCCUGAUCAUGGUGCCACAGCGCGAUGAUGUUACUAAGUGUCUGCUUGCUACGCUAAGGGAAGAACUAGUUUCAAAUUCUCUAUGCUGUUUGAACGAAAAUAUGGUCGCCGGUCAGGAUGAUUGGGGAGACGAUGCUGGGGAGGAGGAGACCAAGCAUGUGGGCUUUUGGUGGGGGAUCUUUGCGAGAGUAGGGGCCUAG